AUGACAAUGUCACGUGUAUGGAUCCUACUCCUGGUGCUGAUCACGACAGCGCUGCAACCGAAAUACGCUUGCGCUCAAUCUGGUGAGAUUGGGAACGAUGAACGCCAGGAGGAAUAUGACGAUGAUUUCAUGGACGAGCACGCCAUUCCAGCGCUUGAAGAAGUGCAGCAUCGUAUUAGCUUUGAUCUAGAGCAUCGAAUUGACAUGAAUGCGCCCUUUACGCCGCGUGGAGUCGUGGAGAUCGUGACUAGCGCGUCGACGACCUCCAAGCCUAAAAUUACGUUUUCAGCACUGCCAUCGCUGAGUAACAACGAAGUAAAGAAAAUGAAGAAGCUAUUACGCGAUGGACAUCACUACACAGUUCGAGCGAAGGCCGAUCCCACUGACCCGAACUCGCCUUAUAUCAUGACGUCCGUACCCAUGUGUAUGCUGGUAGCCAUGCGUCUACGCGAAGACUUUGCUUUCCAUCUGUCCGAUAGCGGUAAACUUGUGGCUAUUGAGUAUCUCACGCCGUACUUGGACGUUUUGAAGUGUGCGGAGUACCAGGAAAGCAGUUUUGUCGACGUACGCUUCGGUCCGUUUGGCACAGUGUUGAAGGCACAAACCGGUCCAUCACCGCCUAAGAACAUUGUGGUCAAGCGUAACCGCGCUCCCCAGGGUGUUGAGCCGGUGAAGAGCGAGGACGGCAACGAUGAUGCUGAAGAAGAGACCCAAUCCUUUUUUCGCAAAUACUGGUACAUCAUUCUACCAAUCGUUGUGAUGAGCCUAUUUGGUGGGGGAAGUGCCGCGCCUGCAGGCGGGCCUGAUGGUGCUCAGGCUACUCCUGCCUCUGGCAGUAUGCGACGGUAG